UCUGUGCCUCGCUCAGACAGACUCACACAGGCUCACUCACAGCGUUGGACUGAAAAACGUUCUCAGCUCCGGCCAACAGAGGAGAUGCUUCAGCCUUACUCUUCAUGAGAUUAAUGCAGGACUGAGUGAAGUGGCAGCUCUGCAGCUGAUGGGUCUGCUGCCCUUUCUAUCUUUAUCUCUCUUUUAGUUGGGACGCUAGAGAGAAAUAAAUAGCUCGACACACACUGUUGGGAGGCAAAUGAAUGAAGCAGAACGACAGGGGAUUUCCCAGGCUGCUUUCACACCAAUGGAUCUGGACACAAUUUCUGAAACAGACAAACUGGAUUUGAUAGAAUAGUUUUUGUUUUGUAAAUUAAUCCUUGCAACAAGAUUAUCUCUAAAGAGCUUGCAGACUGACCUUUGUGGAUUUUUACUGUAAAAAAAAACAAAAACACCAUAUCUUUGGCUCAAGGAUGUGCUCUGUGGUCAUGCUUCAUCAGUGGAGUCUGACUGUGUUCUUGCUGUGCUCCCCAGUGACUCUUGAUGGUAGACCAGAUGAUGUACCUAGCAGCAGAAUGAGGAGGUCCGUGAGCCACGCCCAGUUGAUGCAUGACAAGGGCCGAUCCCAGCAGGAGUUCAAGCGUCGUCUGUGGCUGCAGCAGCUGCUGGAGGAGGUGCACACAGCUGAUGAGCGAACGCCACCUGUGGAGAGCAGAACCCCAAGCCAAACCUUCAGUGGGAAUGCCCUGUACCAAAAGCCCCCAGGUGCCACUAAGAACCUCCCUGACAGGCUUCAGCUGGACGAGGAGGGCCCUAACCUGCCCCAGGAGACCAACAAAGCUCUGGCUUAUCAGGACCAGCCUCUAAAAUUGGCCACCAAGAGGAAAAAGAAAGUGAGGUCAGGCCGCCGCAGAGAGAAUGACAAGAAGCGGAGGCGAGCACGGUCUGUCACAACAAAUGAGCCAUGAAGUAUGCGGUACACUGGCUAAGAAACUCCCAACAGCCUUUAUAUGGUACUGCCCUAAGACGCUGACACAGGGUCAGCUAGACUGAGGUCUGACAGACAGACUUGAACAAUGGCUGACUCAGUCAUUUCAUAUCAAGGCCCCGGGGUUGUGCUUGUACAAUAAUAUUUUUCCGUCUUUGUAUUUUAACACAAUCUCAUACUUUCUGGAGUUUCAUCGUAGCAUUUUCUUAGCUAUUUAUUUGGAAGCUCUUUACGACUCUGUAACCGUGGUGUACUUCAAAAGAGCGCUACAUGUUGUCAUUGCUAACCAGCUAUGCACACAAAUAGAGUACCAGAGGAAAUAUUUAUUGCCUGAAUAUAAUGUAACAUGACAAAAAAUGGGAUGCUGAGUCUUCUACUUUUGUUUGGCUCUAUACUGUAUGUGUUGGCUAUCGUGGACUUACAGUUACAGACAAAUUUCAAUGAAUACAUCUGUUCAAACUGUUCUGGCAUAAUUUAUUUCACUUUGAAAGUGUGUAUUUAUUUUGUGAACUGUGUGAUCACGGUGCUGCUGACUAAAUUCCAUAAUGCACUUUAGUUAUAUCCUGUAAAUGUUCUUUUGUGGUUGAGUUUCAUUUUGUUGCUUUUGUAUGGUCCCACUUUCUUACCCCCUCAUGAACCUGUAACUUAUUGGAUUCUUCAUCAAAUUCACUCUCAUCAUUUUACAGUAUAGUUUAUUUUUAUAG